UCUGUCAGUAUAUAUACACCUUUUCUGAAAGCGGGCUUUAUGGAAGAGUGUCCAGAAAACCCCCAGAACACCAUCCCCACAGUGAAAGAUGGUGGUGGCAGCAUCAUCAUGCUGUGGGGAUGUUUUUCAGCACAAGGGACUGGGAAACUGGUGGGUUUUUAUUAGCAAGAAGGGCUACCAAGAGACAGACGAGUCCAUUCAGAGUUCUGUCACAACUAAACUGAAGGGAGUCUCGGUGACUAACACUACUGAGUCUGGGCUGCUGGUUUGGGGGCCGGAGGAUUAUGUCAUCCCACCACAGGGUGAAGCUCUUCUGUUUGUGGUAACCAAUUUCUUAGAGACGCCAAACCAGAAGCUGGGAUACUGUGCUGAGAACCUCAAUGUGCUGGGAGGCCGCUGUGGAGAUGACGAGGACUGUAAAGAAGGAAAGAUAGUAGAGCUUGGUCAUGGAAUUAUGAGUGGCCGAUGCUUAAGGAAAGAUGAAAACUCCACUGGUAGCUGUGAAAUCUACAGCUGGUGUCCCACUGAAAGAAGGUUCACACCACAGAAAUCUAUGCUGACGAAUGCUGAAAACUUCACCAUCUACAUCAAGAAUUUUAUCUCUUUUCCCAAAUUCACAUUCUCAAAGUCUAAUGUUCUUGAAACGACUGACCGCUCCUAUUUGAAGAAAUGCCGAUACGAUGAGAAGCUCCACCCCUACUGCCCCAUCUUUCGCCUGGGUGACAUCACCAGGCGAGCUGGAUACAAAUUCCAGGACAUGAACACAUAUGGAGCCUCCAUUGGCAUUAUGAUAGAGUGGAACUGUGACCUUGACAAAAGCUACUCUGAAUGCAAUCCACAAUACCACUUCAUUCGCAUGGACAUAAUCUCAAACAAAACAGUUGCAAUGGGAUUUAACUUCAGACACACUCGGUAUUUCAGAAAUGCCGCUGGUGAGAUGUAUCGAACUCUGUUCAAAGUCUAUGGUAUCCGAUUUAACAUCAUGGUGCAUGGAAAGGCAGGGAAGUUCAGCAUCAUCCCAACAGCCAUCAGUGUUGCUUCAGGACUGGCUUUGAUGGGUGCCCAGGGAGCUUUCGUCUGCGACAUCGUUCUUCUCUACCUAUUAAAGAAGAGCAACUCAUAUCGGAACAUGAAGUUUGAAGGAUUCAGAAAUAAUAAGAAAUCAGCAUCUGAAGACAACGGUGUGGAAGACAGAACAGAGAAUGAGAAUCUGAGCUUGUAACAUGUUCCUGUUCGUUAUAGUGUAAA